AUGGGCGUACGCUCUCUCUCUGCCGAGUCCAAGAAGCCUAAUCAUCUAGGGAUCCUCGCGUUCGAGACUGCAAAAACCAUGUCACGUUUGAUCUCCCUCUAUAGAUCUCUUUCUGACGAAGAAAUCUCCAAGCUCAGAAAAGACGUCAUGAAGUCCGAAGGGGUCGCCUACUUGAACUCCAAAGAUGAAGCCUUCCUCCUGAGCCUUGCCUGCGCUGAGAAGCUAGAAGAUCUCGAUAAAGCUGCAACCACUGUGGCUCGGUUAGGCAACAAAUGCACAGACGUCAGCCUUAAUAAGUUCAAUCAUGUGUACACCGAUUUCAAAUUAGGUAUCAUUGAUUUAGGAAAAUUAGAAUAUGGGUCGAAAAAGAUAGAUAAGAAAGUCGAGAAAAUGGAGAGAUUGAUACUGACAACUUCAAGUUUAUACGAAUCAUUGGAAGCUCUAGCAGAAUUGGAGGCAUCAGAGCGAAAGCUAAUGCAAUGGAAGAAAAACUGCAGGGCGAUACAAUUGGAGAAGAUGAAUUUUGAUCUUUUCUAUCAGAAGAUCGCCAACCAGAGAAAGCAGGUUCGCAAUUUUAGAGGAACGUCCUUGUGGAGCCAGACGUUUGAUAAGAGUGUUGGCCUAAUGGCGCGUUUGAGAGAGAUGACCCAAGUUCAGCCUGAGUUUUUCCAUACAGAACAAUUAAAGGAACAAGUUUGUUCCCGAUCAGGACCUGUCACAUCAACGUCGUCCAAGCCCAUUUUGGUCCGGUUCUACAGCAGAAAAUCAAUUAUGUUCUUAUCUGAAGCUAAUGAUUAUCGAGCUGAGGGGUUUGAGAAGAAUAAUAGGGUGUUUCAUGCAGCGGGUCCAUCGACGGUGGGUGGUUCUGGGCUUGCUUUGCGUUAUGCAAACGUGAUUCUAGUGGCGGAGAGUUUCAUGCACUCGGCGGUGACAAUAGGCCAUGAUGCACGGGAAAGUUUGUACGAGAUGUUGCCGCAGAACUUGAAAAAGGCGAUCAGAUCAAAGCUAAGCAAAUGUGGGAAGAUUGUAGAUGAUGACGAGUCAUUGGCGGAUGGGUGGAGGGAGGCGUUGUCGGCGAUUAUGGGAUGGCUUACACCAAUGGCACACCAUACGGUGCAGUGGCAGACGGAGAGGAAUGUUGAGAAGAUGAAGUUUGAUUCGAAGCCGUCGGAGUUGUUGUUGCAGACUUUACAUUUCUCCGACAAAGAGAAGACAGAAGCCGCCAUUGUUGAGGUGUUGGUAGGGUUGAGUUGUUUAUAUAGGUACGAGAACCGUCGGUCUUAUGAUUCUCGACGGUGGUGA